AUGUGCGGCAUUUUUUGUGCCAUUGGCGCAGCAACUGAAGAAGUUUCUUGUCAUUUACACAGUGCACUGCAAACUUUAUUGCAAAAUCGUGGACCCGAUGUACAGCAACAGCUGUUAAUUGACAAUGUGCUGCUGGCGGGACAUGUGCUGUGGCAACAAGGCGCCGCAGCACAGCCUCAGCCCAUAGCAGAGCAACAGUUGGUGCUGCUCUUCAAUGGCGAUUUGUACAACUUGAAUGAGUCUAAGCCGAAGGAGCAGGCGGAUAGCGCUUGGUUGUUGCAACAGUUACUGCUAUGUGCAGACGAUGAAGCAAUGCUGGCAUUGCUUAGAGGAUUAGAGGGACCUUACUGCUUAAUUCUAUACAAUAGGCAAGAGCAGCUAUUAUACUUUUGUCGCGAUGCACUGGGCAGAAAUUCGCUAAUCAUAGAGCGGCAGCAACAGACGCUGAAGCUAAUGAGCAGCUCGUACUUCGUGGCGGGACAGCAGAGCAAAGUGCUGGAGCUGCCGCCGCUGGGUUUAUAUAAGCUAAGCUUAAAAGAGCUGCACAAAUGCAGCUUAUACCCUUGGCAGCAGCUGCUGGAAACGCAGCAAACGCAGCUGCAGCUGCUCAACGAAGCUAUGCAGUGGUGCAUGCAGCUGGAGCAGCCUAUAGCACCCAGUUGGCUGCAGCAAAUAGAGCAAACCAAGCACGACUAUGACUUUUAUGAGCUGUGUGGGGGCGGACUGCAGCUGGAGCAGCUGCUGCUUGAGCCUGCAGUGGCAGCAACACUAGCAAAGCUGCAUAAGCUGCUGCUGGCUUCAGUGCGCGAGCGUGUGCUGCAAACAGCGCCAGUCUGUCGCCAUUGCCAGCAGCAGCGGCAUUGUGAGCAUGCCAAGCUGUCUAUACUUUACUCUGGCGGCAUUGACUGCAGCAUUUUGGCGCUGCUGGCGCAUCGUUUUGUGCCUGCGGCGCAGCCCAUUGAGCUCAUCAAUGUGGCAUUUGAGCGUGUGGGCGAUGUGGCGCAGCAGAGCUGGCAGGUGCCGGAUCGUCUGAGUGCGCAGCAAACUUUGCAGGAACUGCACAGAAUUUGUCCAGAGCGCUGCUGGCAGCUGCUAGAAGUGAAUGUAAGUCGCGAGGAGCUGCAGCAGCAGCUAAAGCAGCACAUAUGUCAGCUUAUUUAUCCGCUGCAAACGGUGCUGGAUGAAUCAUUGGGCGCUGCCUUUUGGUUUGCUGCUGCUGCGCCGCAAUCUCAUGCACGCGUCGCUUUGCUUGGCAGCGGCGCUGAUGAACUCUUUGGCGGCUAUGUGCGUCAUCGCAAAGCUUGGCGACGUGGCGGUGCCGAGCAGCUGCUGGCGGAGCUGGAGCAUGAUUGGCAGCGUAUACCAGCGCGUAAUCUAGCGCGUGAUGAUCGUGUUAUUGCCGAUUGUGGCAAAACGGCGCGUGCACCUUUCAUAGAGGAGCACUUGGUGCACUUUGUGCGAUCGCUGGCGCCCGCUCAACGUUGCUGCUUCACGCUGCCCGAGGGUGUAGGCGAUAAGCUGCUGCUACGUCUCUAUGGCUACAGCCUGGGGCUGCGUGAUGCGGUGCAGCUCAAGAAACGCGCCAUACAAUUUGGUUCACGCAUUGCGGACAAAAAGCAGCAGGCGAAUGAAAUUUCCACUUAUUUAAAAAUCACUUAA